AACAGUAAUAUUACCAUAGAAAAUAGAAGGACUUUUUUUUUCUUUUGAACGUUCUGGAAGUAGUGCUCUCUAUGGCACCCCGAGGUUUGGCGAUCUCUAUGGCAUCGGGAGCUGCGUCCUCGCAGGGGGUGGAUGGGGGCUGCCGGAGCCCCCCCGCUCCCGGCUCUCAACGGGCUACCUGAGUGUGGGGUCGUGUGAAGAUGCCCCUGGGCGAGUACACUUUCGUGCGGGUUGUGGGGAAGGGCAGCUACGGGGAAGUGAGCCUGGUGCGGCACCGGCAUGACGGCAAACAGUAUGUUAUCAAAAGGCUGAAUCUUAAACAUGCCUCAAGCCGUGAGAGAAAAGCAGCAGAGCAGGAAGCCCAGCUAUUGUCACAGCUGAAGCACCCAAACAUAGUCACCUAUAGAGAGUCCUGGGAAGGAGAUGAUGGCCUGCUUUACAUUGUCAUGGGCUUCUGUGAAGGAGGGGAUUUAUAUCAUAAACUGAAAGAACAGAAAGGACAACUUCUUCCUGAGUCUCAAGUGGUGGAGUGGCUUGUUCAGAUUGCUAUGGCACUGCAGUAUUUGCAUGAGAAGCACAUUCUGCAUAGAGAUCUCAAAACUCAAAAUGUUUUCCUGACGCGUUCUAAUAUUAUCAAAGUGGGAGAUCUAGGAAUCGCCAGAGUGCUGGAUAAUCAGCAUGAUAUGGCUAGUACUCUAAUUGGCACUCCUUACUAUAUGAGCCCUGAGUUGUUCUCUAACAAGCCUUACAAUUACAAGUCUGAUGUUUGGGCCUUGGGUUGCUGUGCAUAUGAAAUGGCCACCUUGAAGCAUGCUUUUAAUGCUAAAGACAUGAAUUCCUUGGUUUAUCGAAUUAUUGAAGGAAAGCUGCCACCAAUGCCAAAAGAUUAUAGCAUUCAGUUGAAAGAACUGAUAAGAACAAUGCUUAGUAAAAAGCCAGAGGAGAGACCCAGUGUCAGGAGCAUAUUGAGGCAACCAUAUAUCAAGCAGCAAAUCUCUCUGUUUUUGGAAGCUACAAAGACAAAAACAUCUAAAAAUCAUAAGAAAGUAUCUGAACCCAAACCUCGGGAAUCGUCAGAGAAAACUGAAUUAAAGAAAGAAAGUACAGAACCUCAGAAGCUUCCAAAUGAAUUUUCAAAGAAGUCCAAUGGGAAUGAAGAUAAAUGUUUAAUCAAUAAUAAAACAUUUGAAGUUUCUUCUUCAAAGAAACUAGCACCUGCACCUGAAAAAAACAGCAAAAAUGGUUUGAAUAGCUUAGAUGUCUCUUUGGCAACAAUGAGCAAAGUUGAUAUACUUAUUGUUCCACUGGAAAAGAGAAACUCUGCAACCAAACAAUUAGCAGAACAUAAAGAAUCCGAAAAUGUACAUAUUCCCAAUGAAGAAGAGCCUGAAAAAGCAAAAAAUAGCCCAGAAUUAAAGGAAGAAAAUUUACUGAAAAUGUCAAAGACUUGCCCAAAAACUGGAGAUGUAGAUGCUAAGGAGACAGAUAAUGGUGAUGACACUACGAAAGUUCUGCAAUCCACUUCAAAGAUUCCAUGUGUAAGCAAUAAAGGUCUGGACUGUACUGAGAAACUGCUAAUACCGAUUGAUCCUAGAGAAAUUUUGAAUGAAGCCUCCUGUGGAAACUCAGGAGAAGCUAAAGAUCCCAUUCUGCCUAUAAGCACUCCUUGUUUUUGGCCUCAAAGAUCGGUUCAAGAGCCUUCCUUGUUACGACAGCGACGGCAUAAGAAGCAGAAGCAAUCUGAGAUCUGCUUAGACAAGAUUGCAGCACUUGGUCCUCGGCAACUGCCCACUUUUCCUGAUGUGAAUGUAAAGACAAAAGAAGUUAUCACAGACCAUCAGCAUGCUGCAAAUGUUUUGAAAAAAUCAAAAAGCUUUGAAGUAGAACAUUCCAAGGAUCGCCCGUUAUCAGCUCGAGAAAGGAGAAGAUUAAAGCAAUCCCAAGAAGACAUGCUUUCUUCUGGGCCUUCUGCAAGACGAAUGUCUUAUAAUGCAUCAACAGAAACAAAACUUCCAAAGGAAGACAGUUCUGUUCAGAUUGCUCAGUUUACUUCAGAACCCAGCACUGAUAAGAAGAAAAGCUUAACUGGUUGUUGCACUGAGGAUGAACUGAGCUCUUCUACAAGCUCUAUAGAAAAAUCAGAUGGAGAUUAUAAAGAAAGAAAAAGUAAUGAAAUGAAUGACUUGCUACAGUUGAUGACACAAACACUAAAAAUGGAUAAUAUUGAAAGUUAUUCACAAUUUACAAUGCCAACACCUGACUCACAGUUCAGGCUAAAUAGGAAAUAUAGGGAUACACUGAUCUUACAUGGGAAAGCAGCUGAAGAACCUGAUGAAUUUCAGUUUCAAGAGCUUCCUUCAGAUGUCAAGUCUGGUCCUCAGAAUAUUAGGAGAUUGGUUGAGAUUUUAAGAGCAGAUGUAGUUCAAGGAAUUGGGGUAAAGCUGCUAGAAAAAGUUUGUGAUGCAAUGGAGGAAGAGGAUGAACAGAAAAGAGAGCUAUGUUUGCGGAAGCUCAUGGGAGAAAAGUACACGUCUUAUAGUAUGAAGGCUCGUCAUUUAAAGUUCUUAGAAGACAAUGUGAAACUUUGACAAAUACCUCAGUUGAACUUUUUCUUCCUGAAAGAAAGACAUUCAGUUUGUAACUGGAUUGAUUUUUAAAAUUUUCUUAAGAUUCAUUCACUUAGAAGAUAAACCUUUUCCCAUACUGUU